GCCUCCCGCCGUCACAUGGCCCCAAGGUGCCCCGGCAGGACUUUGUUCCCCUCCACCUUGGCUGCCCCACGUGUGCCGAGGCUGCCACUCCCCGGAGAGGGGGCACGAGCAGGGGGGAGACGCCAGCGUCAGAGUGACACAGAGGGAGCUGUGACCUCGCAGGGCCAGCUGGCCGCAUCCCGCCGGAGCCCAGCCGCAGGAACGGGGUGUGGGGACAUGACCGGGGACAUGUGGGCCCUGCUGUGCGUCUGGCUGGUGGCCCAGGUGGCCCUGUCCUCCCGGGUCCGCACCCGCCGGGAGCUGGGGCCCGGUUUGUACGAGCACGGGGUCUAUGACGCCGGGGGCUCCUACUGCCAGCGGGGGGACGUCUGCUGCCACGGCCGCGACGACGGCUGCACCGUGCCCUACCACGACACCCUCUGCUACUGCGACCUCUUCUGCAACCGCACCGUCUCCGACUGCUGCCCCGACUUCUGGGAAUACUGCCUGGGCAUCCCGGCCCCCUUCCCCAAAGCCUCAGGCUGUGCCCGUGCCGGACGCAAUUAUCCCACGGGAGCCACGUACCGGGAGAACUGCAACCUGUGCACGUGCGGGCCCGGCGGGCAGUGGCAGUGCGAGGACCACGCCUGCCUGGUGGAUGGGGAGCUGAUCGACGCCGUCAACAGGGGCAAUUACGGCUGGAGAGCCGCCAACUACAGCCAGUUCUGGGGGAUGACGCUGGAGGACGGGAUCCGGCACCGCCUGGGCACCUUCCGUCCCUCUCCCACCGUCAUGAACAUGAACGAGAUGCACAUGAACAUGGACUCCAAUGAGGUGCUGCCGCGUCACUUCGAUGCCGCCGCAAAGUGGCCCGGGAUGAUCCACGAGCCCCUGGACCAGGGGAACUGCGCCGGCUCCUGGGCCUUCUCCACGGCCGCCGUGGCCUCCGACCGCAUCUCCAUCCACUCCAUGGGACACAUGACCCCCGCCCUGUCCCCUCAGAACCUCCUGUCCUGUGACACCCGCAACCAGCGGGGCUGCAGCGGAGGCCACCUGGAUGGGGCCUGGUGGUACCUGCGCAGGAGAGGGGUGGUGACAGACGAGUGCUACCCGUUCACGAGCCAGCAGAGCCAGCCGGUGGCCCCGCCCUGCAUGAUGCACAGCCGCUCCACGGGCCGGGGCAAGCGACAGGCGACAGCGCGGUGUCCCAACCCCCAGACCCAUUCCAACGAGAUCUACCAGUCCACCCCCGCCUACCGCCUCUCCUCCAGCGAGAAGGAGAUCAUGAAGGAGCUGCUGGAGAACGGCCCCGUGCAAGCCAUCCUGGAGGUGCACGAGGAUUUCUUCAUGUACAAGAGCGGGAUCUAUCGGCACACGCCGGUGGCCGAAGGGAAGGGGCCGAAGCACCAGAGACACGGGACCCACUCGGUCAAAAUCACCGGGUGGGGAGAGGAGCAGCUGCCCGAUGGCCAGAUCCAAAAAUACUGGACGGCGGCCAACUCGUGGGGCACGGCGUGGGGCGAGGGCGGCCACUUUCGCAUCGCCCGCGGCGUCAACGAGUGCGAGGUGGAGACUUUCGUGGUGGGGGUUUGGGGCCGCGUCAGCAUGGAGGACAUGCCCCACAAGUGAGCCCCCCGCUGCCCCCGAUGUCCCUGUCCCCAGCUCGGCCCCGCAGUCACAGCACGGCGGGCGGGGGGCUGGAGUCGUCCCCUGGGUCCCCUGGCCGGGGGCUGCGUGUCCCCGCUGUGCUGACGCAGCGGCUGGGUGCAGUGGGGCGUGCGUGGGGGGUGCCGCGGGGGCUGCUCCCGUCUCCCAUGGGAUUUACCCGCUAAUCCCCCCGCCCCGGGCUCGGCUGGGCUGCGGUGGCGGCGGGGGGCUCUUCAAAGGCAGCUGCACCCCCCCCCCCCAUCUCGGCUGGAGCUGCGGGAUUCCCCCUCCUUUUCCCAAUGGAUGGGGCUGGGAAGGGUCCCCCAUAUUCCGGUCCCUCCCAUCCUGGCCCCACCACUCCCCCCCAGCAGGGCAGCCCUGGAGCUGGGGGUGUGGAAUAACCCAGAGGGGGGGUCCCCUGAGCCCCCAGGGCUGGGUGUCGCCAGGAUGGGGUCCCCACCGUCCCCCCCAGCCCGUCCCUAUGGUGCUAUGGCCCCGCCACCCCUCUGGGGACAGCGGGGACAAGGGAGGGCUCAGCCCCGUGAUGUCCCCGUCCUGGUGGGGCCACAAGUGGGGUCCACGCAGCAGCGCAGCCCGGGACCUCUCCCCUCUCCCCCCCCCCCCCCCGCCAACCCAAGGGCUGUACUUUUAAGAUUUUGUAUUUAUUUUGCUUUUGUUUGUAAAUAAAGUUAUGGAAGCCUCAGA